GAGAGGCAUGAUGACGUCACACAGUAGGGACCUGCCCUCACGGAGACAUAGCCUCGGAGCCCACCUACCGCCUGUCCCGCACAUGGCGCCAGUAAUGAAGUGUGGCACUGGGAAGUCGGCGCAAGGUGGAUCUGUACUCUGAAAUGCAGUCAUUUUGAUGUUUGAAUUCAUCUUCUCACAAGAGACGAUUCUAAUACGUCCGUGUCAAAGCCAAGAUAUCAACUCAACCUCUCCUCUUCCAAAAGCUUCGCAUCACAACAUGGAAGCAGUCGCCAAGUUUGAUUUCAUGGCCUCUGGCGAGGAUGAACUGAGCUUUCACACAGGAGAUGUCCUAAAGAUCUUAAGUAACCAAGAGGAGUGGUUCAAGGCAGAGCUUGGGAGCCACGAAGGAUACGUGCCCAAAAAUUUUAUAGACAUCCAGUUUCCUGAGUGGUUCCAUGAAGGCCUCUCAAGACACCAGGCAGAGAACUUACUUAUGGGCAAGGAGGUUGGUUUCUUCAUCAUCCGGGCCAGCCAGAGCUCUCCAGGAGACUUCUCCAUCUCUGUCAGACACGAGGAUGAUGUUCAACACUUCAAGGUCAUGCGAGACAACAAGGGUAAUUACUUCCUGUGGACUGAGAAGUUUCCAUCCCUAAAUAAGCUGGUGGACUACUACAGGACAAAUUCUAUCUCCAAACAGAAGCAGAUCUUCCUGAGGGACAGAACACGAGAAGAUCAGGGUCACCGGGGCAACAGCUUGGACCGGAGGGCUCAGGGAGGCCCACACCUCAGUGGGGCAGUGGGAGAAGAAAUUCGGCCUUCGAUGAACCGGAAGCUGUCAGAUCACCCACCUCCCCCUCCCACACACAGCCACCAGCACCAGCAAAUGCCCCAGGCUUUCACUCCGGGGCCACAGCCACUACCACAGCAGCGGUACUUACAACAUCAGCAUUUUAACCAGGACCGUCGUGGAGGCAGCCUGGACAUAAAUGACAGGCACUGUGGCAUGGGCAUGGGCGAGAUGAGUGCCGCUCUCAUGCAUCGGAGACACACGGACCCUGUCCAGCUCCAAGUAGCAGGGCGUGUACGCUGGGCCAGGGCACUGUAUGACUUUGAAGCCCUUGAGGAAGACGAGCUGGGAUUCCGCAGUGGAGAGGUGGUCGAGGUCCUGGACAGCUCCAACCCCUCCUGGUGGACCGGCUGCCUGAACAACAAACUGGGCCUCUUCCCUGCUAACUAUGUGGCACCCAUGAUGAGAUGAACCCUUUGAGGGCCGGGGGCUUUUUGUCUGAAGCUGCCUGCAAGAAAGAGAGCAAGAAACAAAAGCUGAACUGCAUGACUACCUAUGCAUGCAUAUAGCAUACAGGUGUACUCCUGUCCUCACAGCAUCUUUAAGUGCGCUUAUGUAUGCACACAUUUUAUAAUAGUAUUUAUUGGCAAUGGGGUUGGUUAAUUAAUUGAUCUGAAGGGGAACACAGGUGGAGAAUAUUCUGACUUUUUUAUCUGCUCUUCUCAGGUCUGUGCAGAGGCAGUGGGGGAAGUGGGAAGCGAGGGCAGGGAAAUGAAAUGGGUCUUUCUCCUGUCCUUGACCUCUCCCCACUUUCUCCCUGGCUUGGGAGCUUUUCCCAGAGAGCAACUAAGCGCAGACCACACCCCCACAUUGGCCACCGAACAGCAGGGUGGAGCUGGACUUGGUGGGGCCUGUUGGAGCUCACCCGCACACCCCACGCACCUGGAGGGCUCCCAGGGCAGCUCGCCACCCAUUCUCCUGCUGCUGCACUGAGAAUUAAGGUGCAGCCUUCCAGGGCCACAGGCACCAAGCAAGUCUGAGCAGGAAGCAGGCAGGGGCAAGAACUGAAGCUGCAGCAGGGGAGAGUCCCUGCCAGAGCCAGGCUGACCUCCUGGCCACUGCCAGCUGAGACUUUCGUCCUCCCCAGUGAUUGUUCCUUGGGUAGUAAUCCUCUUCCCUGUGGCUGACAGGAGAGAGUGUCUCCAACAUGGAGAAACAGACACUGAGAGGAGCCAAGGGCUGGGAAGCAGAGGGGGUGGAUUUUUCACAGAUCCCCAGGGCCUACUUGGAUGUAACCUCAUUUCCCCAGCUACAAGGAAAGCAGCAUCCUGGAUUCUGUCAAGUGUUUGGAGAAGCACUGGCUAAAAAUGCUGAAUGUUAGAGGCAUUGUUUGACAGCUUCAAGGGUGUCUCUGCUGGGCCCUGUUCAUUUUCUCUCUUGAUUUUCUGUGUUUGAAACUGCCUUGCCCAGUGGCCCAGAGAGAAGCCAAGAACAUUGACUGUGGAUCAAUAGAGGGAUUGAUGGAUUGAGUGUGACCCAGGGCAAGAGCUGGCUUGAAAAGAGCUUCCUGAUCCAUCAGACUGUUGAACCCCUGCUGGCCUCCCCUCCUUCAGGAGUUGACCCGGGGAGAGGAAUCCACUGUCACUGUCCCUCCUUGACAUCUCAGACUAUAACUGUGUGUCCAGGGUCCACCUUGGGGUGGACAAGCACAGAUGAGCCUAGUUGGAGGAGAAAGGGAACCUGGAGAAGAAGCUCUGUGUCUCAGUGGAGCCUGGAACACACACAUUUUUUGGAGCACACAUUAAAGGAGUGUGGGUGUGCAGUCCUGUGCAUGUGUGCACACGUGCAGAUGGGUGUGUUUAUGCACACACAUAUGCAUACAUGUGUGUGUGUGCUGAGACAGGAAAGAAAAGGUUGGGAUGGUGUUGGUGAAGGUCUGUGGUGGUGGUCCUGAUGCUUUGUUUUUCUUUUCCCCAGUCCUUCCUGCUAUAGAGAGGAACAAAAGAGCAGCCAUUAGUAAAAAUGAUAAAAGAGUGCUUCUAACUCAGAAGUGACUGCCAGUGUCACGCUAGCUCUGUCCCUUGUGACUCUGAUUCAACAGUUCUCUGAUGCACAUGUUCACUUUAGAGACAAAGGGGAAGACAGGUCUCUGUAGUGAGUACUGGGAGGGAAGAGAAAAUAGCCUGGAAGUGGCUGGGGGAAGCAGAGUGUAAGUAAGGAGCAGAUGCAGCCUUUAGAAGCAAAGGCAGGAAGAAGAGAAGAGGUGAACGUUUCAGCUGAUCAUGGAGCAUGCAAGGGGAGAGGGUGGUCAAGAGGGACAGCAAGGACAGGUACAAUAAGGCUAUGGGCAGCCAGUAAAAGAAAAGGGGCCAUGGGGGAGAUUGGAGUAAGGCAAGAAACAAGGAUUCCCCAAGAGGAGAAAGAAACAGGGGAAACAGAGCCCAGGCACAGAGGGACCUCAUCAGCUAUCUUAGUGCGAGGUGUGAGGUGAAACAUUGCAGUAAAUAAAAGCCAAAAGUAAUGUUGAUUUUACAGUAUUUGCAAACCAUCUGCUUUAAACAGCCCACCAACUUCAUCCACUUGUCAGGUUCUGUGGGAGGACCAGCCCUGGUUAAGACAGAGACAAAUGAUUCGGUUCUGGUCUAGAUCUUUUCCCUGGAAACACUUUGCAAGAAGGAAGUAACAAAGCAGGGCCCUUGUUUUUUCAGGCUGUCUUCAGUGUCUGUGUGGCACAGCCCUCAAGGGGU